UUGGCGGAUUUUUGCAAAAGUGUGUCACCACCUCUUGAACAACUUCUGAUUGGUUCACGUGGCAUCCAUGAAGUGAACUGCACCAGAUCAGCCUCUGGUCCAUUCUCUCACAUUUUGAAAUGAAUGCUUGAAAAAAAAAAUUUUGACACACCAAUCAGGGGAAUUGCCAAAAUGCUUAAACCCAAGUGAAAUCUGUCCUUGCUGAGCAGCCGCUUGUUGGAGCAAAAACUCCACAUGUAUAUCAAUGAUGGCGCACCCGCCACCCCCACCUUUACACAACAAAAACCACCAUUAUCAUCUUCCUUGUUGUUGCUCUAUCACUAGCAAGAGCUUAUCUACAGCUGCUGCUGUUUCUGCUGCUGCAUUACAGAAAUUAAGCUACUCAUGUCUGCCACUUCCCCUGCUUCUUCUCACUCUCUCUACAACUUGUUCUUUUCGUGUUCGUAUUUCCUUACCUUUCUUGCUCAAACAAGAUGGAAAGUCUUCUUUCAUCUUUUUGCUUCUAGCUUUCCCAUCCGUAACCAGCACUACUAGCCCACCUGCACAAUUAAGCUUCCAGCAUAUUCGUUUCAAAAGCAAAUAUGUCACAGGUGUGGUACCGAAAAAGGCUACAGGGGAAGGAGGGGAAGUAGGAGAUGUGUCACCGAAGCCAAGUGGCCUUACUAUUAAUACCCCACAAAUCUUAUAGCUAGCUAGCAAGUUAGCAACCAACCAACCAACCCUUUUACUUUACAAGUCUUGAAGAGUUAAGCAAAGACCAGAAAAACCAAAAAAAAAAAAAGAAAAGAGAAAAAUAUGUCACUUUCCUGCACAAAAAACUUCUUCAAGAGGUUCUGUAUUGAUGAAUAUCAAAUAGGUAGUGUUGCUCAGAGCAGCUUCUUCUCUAGUGAUCUUCUGCCCUCCCUUGGAGCCAGAAUCAACCAGUCAACUAAGCUCAGGAAAUACAUUAUAUCCCCAUACAAUCCUCGCUAUAGGGCUUGGGAGAUGCUACUUGUUCUUCUAGUCAUUUACUCCUCCUGGAUUUGCCCGUUCGAGUUUGCAUUUCUGCCUUACAAGCAAGAUGCUCUUUUCGUCAUUGACAACAUUGUCAAUGGCUUCUUUGCCAUUGACAUCUUCCUGACUUUCUUUGUUGCCUAUCUCGACAGCCGCUCUUAUCUUCUCGUUGACAAUCCCAAGCAAAUCGCAAUGAGGUACAUCUCAACCUGGUUCAUUUUCGAUGUGUGCUCCACUGCACCAUUUCAGUCAAUUAGCCUCCUCUUCACAAAUCAUGGCAGCGAACUUGGCUUCAAACUACUCAACAUGCUCAGGCUCUGGCGCCUCAGACGUGUCAGCUUCUUGUUUGCAAGGUUCAUCACCAUACUCUUCCAUCCUAAUCCUAUGGCUUUGCCUUUGGUUUUCUUCAAAUUUUCCAAUUGUUCUGAUGCAAGUAUUGACACACACAAUACUCACUGGCCGGUUUGCUUUCCCUUCAGACUUGAGAAGGACAUUCGGUUCAAUUACUUCUGGAUUCGGUGCACAAAGCUCAUAUCUGUAACCCUUUUUGCAGUACACUGUGCUGGAUGCUUCAACUAUCUGAUCGCAGACCGAUAUCCUGACCCGAAACGAACCUGGAUUGGUGCAGUGUACCCAAAUUUCAAAGAGGACAGUCUCUGGAACAGAUAUGUGACUGCAAUAUACUGGUCUAUAACAACACUAACAACAACUGGCUAUGGGGACUUGCAUGCUGAGAACCCCAGGGAGAUGCUGUUUGACAUUUUCUACAUGCUCUUCAACUUGGGAUUGACAUCUUACCUCAUUGGAAACAUGACAAACCUUGUGGUUCAUUGGACCAGCAGAACCAGAAUCUUUAGGGACACAGUGAGAGCUGCUACGGAAUUUGCAGCAAGAAAUGACUUGCCCCAACGCAUUCAGGAUCAAAUGUUGUCACAUAUAUGCCUCAAGUUCAAGACAGAAGGAUUGAAGCAGCAAGAGACCUUAAAUGGUUUGCCAAAAGCCAUUCGUUCAAGCAUUGCACAACAUCUCUUCUUCCCCAUUGUUCAAAAAGUCUAUCUCUUUCAAGGAGUUUCUCAUGACUUCCUCUUUCAGUUGGUAUCAGAAAUAGAUGCAGAGUAUUUUCCACCCAGGGAAGAUGUAAUUCUACAAAAUGAGGCUCCAACGGAUCUUUACAUACUGGUCUCAGGUGCAGUGGAUUUGAUAUGCAAUAUUGAUGGGCAUGAGCAAGUUGUAGGAAAGGCAACUGCUGAUGAUACUUUGGGAGAAAUAGGAGUAUUAUGUAAUAUGCCACAGCCUUUCACCGUUCGGACCACCGAACUUUCUCAGAUUUUACGACUCCGCAGCAGUUCCCUGAUGGCCACUCUACAGGCAAAUAAGGAAGAUGAGCAAAUUAUCAUGAACAACAUUUUUAUGAAACUGAAGGGGCAAGAAGGGUUGGGCUGUGAAUAUCCACAUACAGAUCCAAUAGAAGGAUGCUGUUCUCAAGCACAAUGCAAAGACAAUUCACAUCAAGAUCCAUUGUUUACAGGUCCAGAGGCUACAGAGAAGAGUGAGAUAUGCAAGGCUGAUAUUUUAACUAGAUGUGCAAUGGAUGUCAACAUCGCUGCUGAGGACGGCCAAAUGGCUCUUCAUUCUGCUGCUUGCCAGGGACAUAAGGAAAUGGUUAAAAUUUUGCUUGAAGGAGGAACCAAUGUAAACAAACCGGAUACUAGAGGUUGGACGCCAAAAGCUCUGGCACAACAGCAGGGAAACAAGAGCAUAAAUGACCUCUUACGAAGUUAUGAGAAUAGGAGAAUAGAUGAACAUAGAAUAGAGUUUAGUGAGCCAGAAACAUCUGAAAGCACCAGGAGUUGUAAAGGAAAUUCCAAAAGACACGAGGGCACCCAGUUUCUCCACGCUCACUUGAGAAAGGAACCCAUGAAGUCCUAUUCAGCCACUUCUAGCCCUGCAAGAGAUAAAGAAGGGAUGAGAUCAAUCAACAAGAGAGUAACUAUCCACAUGCAUUUUCAAAAUGGAAGUGUAUCAGAGACGCAGCUUGCAAAGUUAAUAAUCCUACCUGAUUCGAUGGAAGAGCUGCUCAGAGUUGCCAGUGAGAAGUUUGGAGGCUACAAACUUACAAAAGUCAUUAAUGCAGAGAAUGCAGAAAUAGAUGACAUAAGUGUUGUUCGAGAUGGUGAUCACCUGUUUCUUCUUCAUCAUGACUGUGAUAAUAUGAAUUCUGAUGUGACUUAAUAUUUAUUUAGAUACAACUACGUAGAGGUGAAGAUAGCUUGUAACUUUUAGGCAAUGUAAAAUAAGAUGUUAACAGAAAUUUUGAUUUGACCACCAGUUGAAGAUUUUGGAUCCCCAAAUCCAGUAAUACUACCGGCGAAGUGGAAAAGAGUUGAUUACCGAA